AUGGUCCACGUGGCACAAGAUUGCGGAGGCGCUGUUUGCUCUUUGGCGAAGCCCGCAACGGUGUUACGGUUCAGCGAGCCGUGUGGCGACCGCGCGGCCUCUCGGGUCACGUCUCCGGCCAAAUUGAAAUAUCCCCGCCACCCUGACUUCUGCUCUCACACACCACCGUUCCUGGCUUCUUGCACUUAAUCUGCUAAUGAGAUUCUUUCGGAGCGUACCGCAGACGUGCUACAAGGAUCGUGGAUCCAACGCGUGCACACAAUGUUUAAAUCGAUAACCUUUGUAGAGGUUGUCUUAGGAAGCCCCUUUGCAGGUAAUCCUGCCCACUUGGAGUUAUUGCCGCCGAGGGAAGGAAAGAUUACCUCGGUGGGAGAUAAGGAGGUCGACGGGGCUUGGAGUGCGAUUGUCCCCGAGUCAGGCGUCGAAUUGUGUCAAGUGAAGCGGCAAAUUGAACGGCCGAGCCUUCUGCGCACUCCGUCAGUAAUCGUCACAUAA